ACUUUCGGUCACCCUGGCGUUAAAUAGCAGGCCGAAUUUUUUCGCUCAGUUUUUACACACUGCUCUAUAUUAUUGAGAAUCAAAAAUAGCUGGAACAAUAAGGUUUUUUUGUAGAUUAGUGUUGCCUAAUGAACUCAGGUGCGCGUAAUAUGGACUCGCAUUCGCGAUAUGGACGCAGCUUUUCUGGGGGUGGCAACAAUGCUGGUGGUAGCGGAGGGGGCGGGGGCAACAAUAGCGGCAACCAAUACAGACGCCAAUAUAGCCGCUCCCGUUCACGCUCACGCGAGCGAAGUCGGGAACAGGCUGGCUAUAGACGCCGCAAUUCACGUUCCCGCAGUCGGGAACGCUCGUCGCAGCAUCAUUAUCGCAAUGCGGGCAGCGCCGACAAGGAUUUGUAUCGUGACUUGAUUAAUGACGACUACAAUGAAGAGCGUGGCGGUAGCAGCUACAAUAGCAACUACAACAACAGUUCGCGCAGCAAUAACAAUUACCAUCAUCGCCGUGACGAUAGCAGUGAGCGUGAUCGCGAUCGUGAGCGGGAUCGUGAACGUGAUCGCGACCGUGAUCGCGAACGUGAUCGUGAACGGGAACGGGAUCGAGAUCAGCGCUGGAAGCAUUAUGAUCGAGAGCCACGGGAACGCAAUUCGGACUUUGACAGAGGCAGCGAACGCAGUCGCGACUAUCGCUCUCAUAACAAUGGCAAUGGCAACAACGCCUUGGUCAGCACGAAUCGGGAUCGCGAUAGACGCUACUCCUCCGAUGAGGAAAGCUAUGAUAGCGACGAGAGCGACGACAGUCAAUAUCGACGCAACAAUGUGCGAACAAGCAACGAGGCUUUGAAUCAGAUCAUCAUCUUUGGCCUAAAGAAGCACAUCACCGAGGCGGAUAUUAUGGGCGCUCUGAUUCAGGUGAACAUGGAGCCAUCUUCGAUACGAUUGAUCAGGAAACGACCAACAGGUGCAUCACGCGGUUUCGCAUUUGUCGAGUUUAAUACCGUUGAGGAAGCAACUCGUUGGAUGGAAUUAACUCAGGGCAAUCUGAAGUUGGGCGAUCAACGCGUCUUCCUGCAGUAUAGCCACAAACGCAUCACCGACUGGCAUUGCAUUAAGUGUGGCGUGUACAACUUCAAGCGACGCUUCUCCUGUUUCAUGUGCAUGGCAUCGCGUGCGGAGAGCGAGAGCAUUUAUACCGGUGGCGGCGAAGGCAUCGAUGAAGUUAGCCCCAUUCUUACAAAAAAGAUCAUGCUGCGCAAUCUGGAUGCGCUUACCACCGAGGAGAGCGUGCUCACUGCCCUGCAGAAAGUGUUGCCCAAGCUGGCCAAAACCAUUAGCAAGGUGCUCAUAAGUCGCGAUGCGCUCACACAAACCUCGCGCGGCUUUUGUUAUCUGGAGUUCGAGACGCUUGUCGACUCGAUGGAUGUGCACAACGCUUUAACUGCGCUAGAGACGCCACUGCGUAUUGAUGAGCGCGAUGUGUGCAUCAGCUAUUGCAAUGACGCGGAGAGCAAUCAAGCGGUCUCAAAGGAUGCACAAGAUGCCACAGGACAAAACAGCAUGCACGGUGCUUUGGCUGCUGUGCCGCCCUCCGAUGCUGGUGGAGAAUAUACGCUGGCUGAUGUGCCACGCCUCGCCGAAUACAGCGCCUCAUUGUAUGCCUCAACGCCAGCGGAGCACGCACAUUACGUGCAGUAUUAUACCGACUAUUAUGUGGCCGAAAUUAAGAAAGGAGGUCAGCUUGGAGGCGGCGGAACUGGUGAAGCUCAGGUAACAGAAGCCAAUUCGGGUGCAGCGGUCGCAUUGUCUGCCAUUCAACGUAAGCAGAAAAAGAUGAAUAGCAUUGAAACGACAGCCACAGCAGCAGCUUCAGCUGCAGCUCAGGCAGCAGCCGCUGUUAAGGCAAGCUUUGCGGCACAGACUGUGGUUGCUCCCAGGGGCAAUGAUGGCAAGACUUAUCCCACUCCCGAUGUAAGUCGCUACCAGUACGACGAGACCUCUGGCUACUACUAUGAUCCUAGCACGGGCUUGUACUACGAUGCGCAUUCGCAGUACUAUUACAACAACGAGACAGGCGCCUAUUUGUAUUGGGAUCAACGACGCAGCACCUACAUACUGGCCACGCCAGCAUCAACGCAGGCAGCGCUGCAGGAGACGCUGGCACAAGAGGCGGCGGCAGCUGCUGCGGAACAGAAGGAGGAGGAUAAGAAGGAUAAGAAAGACAACAGCAACAAGCAUGACAAAGUCAAGGUGGCCAAGAAGAUUGUCAAGGACAUGGAGAAGUGGGCCAAGCAAUUGAAUCAGAAAAAAGACUACACUGUGGUGGCCACACCGCAGCCAAUUCUGCCGGGUCGUGGUGAUCCAAGCAACGAGGCACCGAGCACUUCUCGUGCGGCAGCGGGUGGCGCCUAUGCUGAUGUUGGAUUCUCGAUACUUGAAAAGAAGGAGCGGGGAAAGCUCAGUGAUUAUGUGCCACAACCAACGCCCAUUAACAAGCUGGUGAAUGCUUAUGGCGGUGGCUCCGACUCCGAAGAGGAUAACAGCGGCAGUGUUGCGGCAGCAGGAGGAGGAGGAGGAGGAGCUGGCGGCGGCACUGUCGAUGAAAUGGACUAUGUAGACUUUCAGAAGCUGACGUGUCUGCUGUGCAAACGUGCCUUUCAAUCUCAUGACAUACUGCAGAAGCAUUUAAAGAUGUCGAACCUGCACAAGGAGAAUCUAGCCAAGCUGAAUGUAGCGGGCAGCACCGCGAGCGCCAGCAAUGAAGAUGCAGGGGGCGCAGGACUAUCCUACCGUGAUCGAGCCAAGGAACGUCGCCUGAAGUAUGGCGAGGGUGAUCCGCCGCCACCAAAUCGCAGUCGCGAGCGCUUCGAGCAUGAGAUCAAGAAUCUGCAGACACGCCAGAAGGAUGGCGGCGGAACAGCGCCUGCUAUGCCCAUCAGCUCCAACAAUGUAGGCAAUCGAUUGCUGCAGAAAAUGGGCUGGUCUGAGGGUCAGGGUCUGGGCCGAAAGAAUCAAGGACGCACACAAAUUAUCGAGGCCGAGGCACGCUCCAAUAACAUUGGAUUGGGCAACAAGAGUGGCACAUUGGCGCCUGGCGAUGAUUACAAAACAUACAUUAAGAAGAUGAUGAAGUCUCGCUAUGAAAACGCCUAAAUGUUGUUUAUUUAUUAAUUGUACAUUUCCUUAAUUAUUCGAUUUGUAAUUGCAAACGCAUUGUUUGUUGUUUACCUCAGCUCUCACAAUUUUACAUAUGUUUAUUUAAAAAACAUGCCCAUCAUGAAAAUAGCUUAAAUACAAGUAGUAAUA